GUGUGCGUGUGUUUGUGUGUCUGCGCCUGCGAUCCCGACGUUAACUGAACAAUUGCACUUGAUUUUUGGCGAAGUUAUCAACGGUGACGUGCAGCCCGAGGUUCAUCAUUACCGCCUGGAAAAGGGAAGGAGCUGAUGUGUAGAUUAGUCGAGUUCAGGGAAUUUAGCCAAGCCUACUUUUUCCUCUUAUAUUUCCUUUUUUUUUUUUUACACAGUGUUUAUUACAGAAGCCCACGGGACAGUAGCUUAGCAUCAUUGGAAAUGAAGGCACCCAAGAAGGCGAAGAAGAGAGCGGACGGAGCCGGCUCCAACGUGUUCUCCAUGUUCGAACAGGCCCGGAUCCAGGAGUUCAAAGAGGCUUUUACCAUCAUGGAUCAGAACAGAGAUGGUUUCAUCGACAAGAAUGACCUGAGAGACACUUUUGCAGCUUUAGGCCGUUUAAAUGUCAAGCAAGAAGAAAUUGAUGAGAUGCUGAAGGAGGCACCGGGACCCAUUAACUUCACAAUCUUCCUCACCAUGUUUGGGGAGAAGCUAAAAGGCGCUGACCCAGAAGAGACCAUCCUCAACGCUUUCAAAGUCUUCGAUCCGGAGGGGAAAGGAUCGUUAAAGAAAGACUUUGUGACGGACAUGUUGACCACUCAGGCGGACAGGUUCUCCCCUGAAGAGAUGGAACAGAUGUUUGCAGCAUUCCCUCCAGAUGUUGCAGGAAACCUGGACUACAACAACCUGGUUCACAUCAUCACGCAUGGUGAAGAGAAAGACCAAGAGUAGAUUUAAGGGGGGAAACAUUUCACGAAUAGAUUACAACGUGAAGCUUUUACAGUCGGUUACUUACCAGAGUUUUUUUAAAUGAUGUGUUUGAAUAUGACGUUGAGACACUCUCUCAUGCUCACUUUUGUUGAAUUAAAGAGAAAAAUCCACGGACUAAAAUAGACUAAUUAGUACAGCUAAACAGCUAAAUAUGUAUUUUGGAUGUUUUAUUUUGAACUUUUCUGAACUAGACCGAGAUCUCAAAAUCGACCAAUGACAAAGAAAAGUUUUAAACGAAUGAGUAGUGUUUGUGCUGAAAUAUCACAGAAACUAUAGCAGACAAAUAAACGUAACAGAAACAAUUACCCCUUCAUAUGGAUGAAUCACAUCAUUUUGCAUGAAUGCAUUAUAUGUUAGUGUGUAUAUGUAUUACUGUGCAUGUGAUCUGUAUGUAGUAGGUCAAAUAAAAGUUAAUGAGAA